UGCAAACAUGUAUGCAACGUACCCUAUGGCUGGUAGCAAUAAAAACAUCAAAGAGACUCUUUUCUUAAAGAAAGGGGCGGUGCUCAUCAGGUGGACCCCAUGUUAUUAAAGAAGAGUCCUGGACAAGUUUUUUUUUUUUUUUUUUGCUUUUGCUUUUUCUUUUUCUUUUUUCUUUUUAAACCUUUCCCAUUCUACAUGCCCGGUUUUCAUCUUUGGACAGUUCUGAGUGGGGCCACCUGAUGGACAGCUUGGAUCUCAAGCUCAUGUGCUAGCCAGCUAUAUAUAACUAGCUUCCGUCUUGCUAUCUGAAUCACUAGACUCCAAGGCCCUUUGCCAACAAGCCUAAGCUCUGGAGAUAAAGACACACCCACGCAUGGCUGAAAUAGAUGUCUCUGCUGUCCGAAAAGGAGGAGACGGGGCGACAUUCGAGGGAUGGCUAGACAACUUCUCCCCCGACGUAGAACGUGCCGGGAAAAGGCUCUUGCAAUGCUUGAGGAAUCCACAGAUCAGAGCCAUUUGUGUCAGGGGGUAUGAGGGUUUAGGAAGUUGGAGGAUCGUGGAGUAUGCAGCUCGAAAGUUGAAGGGAUCUGAUCUCUUCGAUGUGCAGAUAAUUGUAAAGCUACCAAAAGAGGAUUGGAGUCCUCGAAAUGUGCAGAGGAAAAUUGCAAACAGCUUGGGGAUAAAGGAAGGUGACGAUGAAGACGAUGAUCUUAAAAAGGAUGUACAGAUGGAAGUGUCGUUUGAAAUCUAUGAAUCGCUCAAGGGACAGAGGUUCUUGUUAAUACUAGGAGAUGCGACGCAACGCAUUUAUUUAGACGAUGUGGGUGUUCCAAAUAUUAGAAAUACAAAGGUUGUAUACGUUAGCUCCGAAAGGUUGGAAUCAGAGGAGAUCAUUGAAUUUCAAGACUUUUCCAUAGAUGUGUUACGAGAGGAGGCUGUUACUGUCGCUUCUUCUCCCACCGUUGCUGCCUGUUUCACUCCCCAUGCUGUCCUUGAAUGCUUCUUCUACAUUCUGUUAUUUUCAGUAAGUUUCCCAAGGGGUUUUAGAAUGGUAUUGCCGACAAGGUAUUGGAUUGCAGAGGGAAUUAUGGUUAUGAGAGAGGGAAUUGAAGAAGAAGAGGAUUUGACGACAUUGGAGAAGAAGGUGGAUGCUCUGCUUAUAGAGCUCAAGGCUCGUUCCAUGGUAGAGCAAGGGGAUGCUGAUGUGAGGGUGCCCAAACGUUUAGCUGAAAAAGCUAAAGAUAUGGUCAUGUCGAGUGACAGAAGAGCUUCGACUCAUGGCAAAUGCUGGAUCCAUGAAUAUUCACUACCGACAGAGAACAUUGGCGAGUGGGAAGACAUUCAGAGGAUAGCGAUAUGGAAUCUACGACUUAGUGAUCACCUCCCUCUAACUCUUAAAUUCCCCAAACUCUCCACUCUACUGCUCGAAGGACCCAGUAGUUUUACUACCCUUCCAAACAACUUCGUCUUCGAGCAAAUGCAAGGUCUUCGGGUCCUCAUCCUCUCUUACUUUGAAAUCAGAUUUCUGCCCCUCUCCAUCUCCUCCUUGCACAAUUUAAGAUUCUUAUCUAUAUAUUAUUGUCGUCUUUUAGAGCCUGAGUCUCUCCUCUCUUCCUUGCAAGCUUUGGACAAACUCGAGUUCCUUCAAUUUGAAGAUACUCCUCUGGAAAAGAUACCAGAUGAGUGCCUUCAGUGCAAGAACAACCUUCGAUCUCUCCAUCUCAUUGACACACAGACCAGAUCUCUUCCUUCCUCUUUUCCCCAGCUGCACAACCUCCAGCAACUCUCAGUAACAGGAUGCUCAUCUCUAACGGAAAUUCCGGAGGCUUUCUUUGAGCGUUUGCCCCGGCUUAGGCAACUCAUAUUAACAAAAUGUUCUUCCUUGAAGAUUGAGUUGCUGCCUCACUUACAAAAGCUCUCUGCAGCACUUGAGGUGCUUGACAUCCACUCUUGUAACUCCAUCGAAGACAUAGAAGUGGUUUCUUCUUCUCUUGGAGCUGUCUUGCCAAACCUCCGAAGGCUUGACAUAUCUGGAAUUGAUGUCAUUAAGCAAGUCAUCCUAAAAGGUUGCGGAAGCUUAGAAUCCUUAUCCUUGUAUAAUCUUAUAAGACUUGAUGUGCUUUAUAUUUCAGGCACUCAACUCCAACAGUUGCCUGAUGGUAUCAGCACAGCAUCUCAUCUAAGGCGGCUGGACAUGCUCCACAUGAACCACAUUCACAAGAUCAACUGGGAUGACUUGCCUACUGAGCUGGAAGAGCUCAACUUUGACCAGUGUGGAACCUUUAAUUCACCAAAGGAUGAUGAAAAUCCUAGUGAUGAAGGUGGGGCACGCAUAAGGAUAAGUAAUUACAAGCUUUUACAGUCCUUAAAACCAUCCUCAAAAGUAUUGAGAGAAAAAUGCUUCUCUCGAUUCCAUAUCCACAUCUCUCCUGACCAAGAAGAAGAAGAAAGAAGAAGAGGAAACGGUAUCCAUCUCCAGGGAAGGAAGUCCAUAUACAAGGACAUCAAUUUGAAGGCCCAAAAAUGUAAUUUACCUCUUCCUUCAGGCCAUUUCGACAGGCAUCUGGAGAUACAAGGAGAUAAGAGAUGCACAAACGCUAUUCAGGGGGUUCUCAGUCGUACAGAAUUACUCACAUUGUGGGACAAUGCAUUCAUCCAAGAUCUUGGCGAUGUUGAAAUGCAUGAACUGAGAGAAUGUCUGGUCAAGAGCUGCGAGAAGAUGGAGAUAUUCUUUGGUGGAAAGAAUCAAUGUUUUGAAUGCUUGGAGAAAAUGUGGAUGUCUGAUCUUGCAAGCAUGAGGAGAGUGUGUGAUGGCUUGGGUAGGAUCAUAAGCUUCCCACUCCUGAAGCACAUAUAUCUGGAGCACUGUCCGAGACUCGUCAAUUUCGUCUCCUCAGGUGUAAGCUUGUUGAGCUUGGAAAAGCUCGAGAUCAGAUUUUGCAAUAGACUAGAGUCACUGUUUCAAGGUGAUGUGGUAGUGGACGGCUCUCUCCAACGGCUGCACACGGUGCAUCUGUGGGAGCUACCGAAGCUGGAUAGAAUUUGCAGCGGCAGAUAUUUGCCGGCAUUGAAGAAGCUAACAGUGAGAGGAUGUAGGAAGCUGAAGGAUCUUCCACUUCGAGCCGGCCCCAACAAUGCUAUAAGGGGUGGUGGUGGUGUUCAGGUGAGAGGUGAAAUGGCAUGGUGGGAGAAUCUCAGGUGGGAAGAUGAGAGUACCAAACACGACAUCCACUUCAUAGAGUGGCGCCCUCUUACAAGGCGCUGAAGAUUCUCAUUCUCUUUGGUGGUGUAAUGGACGGU